CUGUGAGCCCGCGCCCCUUAUUCAUCGAGCUGCGCAUCCCUUUGAGUCGUACUCGCGUCCUCCACCCUUCCAGCCCGUUAGAGAACAUCAUGCCUGAACAUAUCACCCUCUAUACCGCAAAGAUCUGUCCAUACGCACACAGGACUGAGAUCGCCCUCGAAGAAGCCGGUGCGGAGUACGAACGAUACGAGAUUGAUCUGCAGAACAAGCCGGAAUGGUACGCGCCCAAGGUCAACCCGGCCAGCAAGGUACCCGCUAUAGCCUAUGGAGGACCGAAGGUCCCCGCAGACCAGCCAUCGCCCGAGUCGGUGAAGCUCGCCGAGUCGCUGAUCCUGGUUGAGUUCGUCGCGGACCUGUACCCACAGUCCGGCAGUCUGCCCUCGGAUCCUGUCCUUCGGGCCAAAGCGCGGUUUUUCAUCGACGCAGUAUCCAACAAGCUCCUGCCGGCGUACAACGCCUGGCUUCGCAAGGGCGAGUCGUACGAGUCGUUCCUGAAGGGGAUCGAGGCGAUCCAGUCUCUUCUCCCUCAAGACAAGAAAUACGCAGUUGGGGAUGACUUCACCGCCGCUGAUAUCGCAAUCUUACCUUUCCUUGCCCGUCUGAGCGUGGUGUUGGACAACGAUCUCGGAGCCUAUCCGGAGGGCGAGAGCAAAAAAGUUCUCGAGGCCCUGUCUGGGCCCCAGUUCGCGCGUUACAAUCAAUACGUGCAGGAUCUCAAGGCCAGACCUAGCUUCAUCAAGACUUGGGACGAGCCGUACGUGACGAAGGUGUUCAAGGAGAGGUUUGCUUCGCUUCGUCAGAAGUAGAUGGGCCUAUCCUCCAGCUUGACGAUUCUAUCGGCUAUCGUGAAUGGGAAAGCAACCAGUCGUCGAAUAAGAGAGGGUGUGGGCAACAGAUACGCUGUACACAUACAGGAACCUGUACAAAUACAAGAACUAUCACUCAGGGAUUAGCUCGAG